AUGUCUUCAGUAAACGGGGAAAAUCCAAAAAUUCUACAAAAUUUUAUCGAUGGUCAAUAUGUAGACCCUGUUAAAGCAUCCUCAGUAAAGUAUAUUCCAGUUACAACACCGCAUACGGGGAAAAUUAUCGCUCAAUGCCCAAUUUCCACCGCUGAAGAUGUAGAUAAAGCUGUUGAAGCAGCAAAAAAAGCUUUCAAAACAUGGAGUUCUCGUACGGUUAAGGAUCGUGUACAAGCUUUGAUUCGAUUCCAUAAUUUAUUAUAUGCACAUAUUGAAGAAUUAGCCGACCUUAUCAUAUUAGAACAUGGAAAAAAUAAAUCCGAAGCAAUAGCAAGUAUUUCUAAAGGUGCCGAAACUGUAGAAUAUGCCAUAUCACUUCCCCAGCUGAUUCAAGGUAAAAUUUUGGAUGUUUCUAGAGGUGUCUCAUGUCAAGAUUCUCGCAUCCCCUUGGGUGUGGUUGCUUCUAUCGUACCUUUUAAUUUUCCAAUCAUGGUUCCUUUCUGGACUUUGCCGAUCGCCAUUGCUACCGGAAACACUCUAAUUUUGAAACCUUCUGAAAAAGUUCCUAUGACUAUGAAUCGUGUUGUUACCCUUCUAAAAGAGGCUGGUAUACCAGAUGGUGUUGUAAAUAUAGUAAAUGGAACUGUUGAUGCCGUCAACUCAAUUUGUGAUCAUCCGGAUAUCAAGGCAGUAACAUUCGUAGGAACUUCACAUGUGGCUAACAUCGUUACUGAAAGGUGCCAUAAAUUGGGAAAAAGAGUUCUUGCUUUAGGUGGUGCAAAGAAUCAUUUGAUCGCUGUGCCUGAUUGUAAUAUUGAAUCAACAUCAACUGAUGUCGUAAACUCAUUCUCAGGAUGUGCAGGACAACGUUGUAUGGCGGCUUCGGUCCUUUUGACCAUUGGCCCACAACAGGACCUUCUCGAUCGUAUUUGUGCUAAAGCUUCUAGCAUAAAACCAGGUGUAAAGCCUGGUGAAGUAGGCCCAGUAAUUGACCAAUUAUCACUUGAUAAAAUCACAAACUAUAUCAUCGAUUCUGAACGUGCUGGUGCUAAAAUUCUUGUUGAUGGUCGCCCUUGGACCUCACAAAAAACUGAAGGAUUUUGGAUUGGUCCAACUGUUAUUCUACAUACUAAUAAAAAUGAUAAAGCUUUACAUGAUGAAAUUUUUGGUCCAGUAUUAAGCGUUUAUCAAUGUUCUAGUAAAGAGGAAGCUAUUGAAAUCGAAAAUGGUAAUCCAUAUGGCAAUGCGGCUUGUAUAUAUACCACAACUGGUGCGACUGCUGAAUGGUUUACUUCAAGAUUUAUUCCGGUGCCUAGAGAACCAUUUUCAUUUGGAGGAAUAAAUCGAUCCAAGUUUGGAAACUUUAUGGAUAUUACUGGUGAUGGCGGUGUUGAAUUUUUCACCUGGAGACGUAAAGUAACAACUAGAUGGGGUACUG